UGUCUGUCUCUCUCUCUGUCUCUCUCUCUUCUCAUUCACAGUAUAUAUAUGGAGACAUGGUAAAAUAACCUUACUGUGUCUUUAUUUCACCUUUAUGUCUCCUUGUUUUGUUCAUUUAUUUAGUUUUAUUUAGUUUUAUUUAGUUUCCACCAAUCUGUUGUUGUUUAGUGCUCACUCAGGCAAAGUUACAUUCCUCAGCGUUGAUGUUCAUCCUCCCAUAAACAGCACAGUGAUUCUAUAAUAUUAUACAAACUGCAAUAUGCAGAUGACAGAGGCUGCGAUGUGUCUGAUAAAAAUAAAGUGUGUGACUAACAGCGUUAUAACGAAGCACUGUGGAGCUGCAGAGACGUCCUGGCCUACAAAUCUGCUCUUUUGUUUGGUUGGCCACCUGUCCCCGCUCUCUAUAAUGCCCCAGUGUUUGCAGCAUCUGCAGUGAACGUGAUGGCAGCCCAGUCGGUUUCCAUAGACAAGUACCCAAAGGGAGAGCAGCAGAUGCAAGGUGUGGCGAAGGUGGACAGCGACUCGGAGCAGAAGUUCAUCGAGGGGACGUUGGCGGAGGUGCCCAGCCCGGCGCCCACGGAGCCGCAGACACCCAUGGACGCGGACAAAGCCUCCAUAUAUCGGCACCCCCUGUUCCCUCUCUUGGCCCUGCUGUUCGAGAAGUGCGAACAGUCGACGCUGAGCUCCGACUGCAUCACCUCGGCGAGCUUCGACGUGGACAUCGAGAACUUUGUCCGCAAUCAGGAGAAAGAGGGAAAACCCUUCUUCAGCGAGGACCCCGAACUCGACAACCUGAUGGUGAAAGCCAUCCAGGUGCUGCGGAUCCACCUGCUGGAGCUGGAGAAGGUGAGCGACCUGUGCAAGGACUUCUGCAGCCGCUACAUCGCCUGCCUCAAGACGAAGAUGAACAGCGAGACUCUGCUGAGUGGAGACCCAGGAAGCCCGUACUCCCCCGUACAAGGCCAGGUCCAGGGCUUCUCACCCACCAAGACUCAGACCCCCAGCUCUAUCUCGGGGACCCUCAGUCCCCAGGGUCAAAUCGUGGUGCCGGCGUCCGCCCUACAGCAAGGGAACGUUACCGUGACAGCCGUCAACCCCACCCAGGUGGUCGCAGGUAUGUCACCAUGGCAUACAACGGCUCCCUCAGGUGGCACGGUGUACCAGCCUGUUACAGUCGUCACUCCUCAGGGCCAGGUGGUAACACAGGCUCUUUCUCCCGGGACAAUACGCGUCCAAAACAAUCAGCUCCAGCUGCAGUUUCACCAGGACCUGAACCUCUUCAAUCACGACGACAACUCAACCAAGAACAAACGUGGCGUUCUACCCAAACACGCCACCAACGUCAUGCGUUCGUGGCUCUUCCAGCACAUCGGGCACCCGUAUCCGACAGAGGAUGAGAAGAAACAGAUUGCCACUCAGACAAACCUGACACUUCUGCAGGUCAACAACUGGUUUAUAAAUGCACGGAGGCGGAUCCUGCAGCCCAUGUUGGACGCCAGCUCCUCCGAGACACCGAAAACCAAGAAGAAGACUCCUCAAAACCGGCCUCUGCAGCGCUUCUGGCCUGACUCCAUCGCCGCAGGAGGAGGCACUCACCAGCAAGUCACCAUGCCAGACGGUACGAUGGUGACAAUGAACGUGGAGGGUCUGCAGAGCCUGACGUCAGACGGCGCCACGCUGGCGGUACAGCAGGUGAUGCUGGGAGGCCACAGCGAAGACGAGUCGGGGGACAGUGGAGACGAAGAUGACGACGCAGACAUGGCCGGGCUGGGCCUGGACAACAGCGACUCAUUGCAGUAGAGGACACACACUCCCACACACUGAUACACACACACACACACACACACACACACACACACACACACACACACACACACAAGACGUGGCGUUAAUAGGUUGUCAAACACACAAUGAAUCAUAGUACACACACACACACACACACACAGGUUUACACAGAGCACAAAGCAACAGGACACAAACAGGAACGUCCUGCACUCUUCCAACCCUCCACCCUGCUGAACGGCGGUUUAAUGCUGCGUGUGUGUACAUCAGGAGUUUCUAUCAGAAACCGUUUUAUAAUUAUUUAGUUGACGUAUGCGAGUGCACUUUUUUUGUAUAUUUAAGCUCAAAAAGAUUAAAUCAAACAAACAGAAGAGACAAAAAAAAGAAGUGUUAAAACACCCGAAGCAAGUUUGUAUACUCCGUUAAUAAAUGUUGACUGAUUUAUGAUUUUAUUCCCCCCCCCCACCUCCAGUUGAAUUCUCAUUUUGGAUGCCAACACUUUAAAGUUGUAUCUGUAAGAGUUUGUCUUCACUUUUUUGCAUGCUUGUGUUUUGAGUAGAUGUGCGCACUCUUACGACCGACUCCACGGCGCUCAGCGGCCCCCGAGCGGAGCCCCGAGUGGAGAGAAUGAGGAAGAAAAAAAAAAAAAAAAAAAAGAGAGAUGCUUAUUUUUAUAUACAAACAUAUGAAAUUAGUGUUUUUGUUUCAUUUUUUGUGUUCUCCUGUUUUGUAAGGAAUAUUUAUGUACAGAUUCAUAAUUAAAGCUAGUGACCCUGUUUUCCAGGGUUCUUUGAAGUUUUCUAAAAAACAGAAAAAAGGAAUUGAAUGCUGAUGAAAAAUUGCUAUUUAAAAUUGGUUUUAAACUUACAAUACUAACAAGGCCUUACCUGUGUGUCUUUUUCUAAACAAUUCUUGCCAAGAAGCACAAAAUAAAGAGUCUGACCCUCUGUGAAAUUGGUCAAAAAAAGACACUAAAACCUGCAGAACGUGUGCGCGGUUCUGUAAAAGCGUCGCUAUCAAUGUUACUUUGCGUGCUGCGUUAUCUCGCACACCGCAGCGCUCGGAUGUUUUUAAACACAGUUCCAGUUAGGGCUGGGCACCGAACCUCCGUACUGUUACAUUCGGUACCGAACAUCGAUACCAACAGAGUAAAAGUUUUUCCCGCGAGCUGCUAAUCUGCACAGAAAACCCCCAAAUUCCACCGGACAACACGUGGCUGCUCUACGUUUGAAGUCAGACACAGAAAUGGCAUUAAGAAAUCUGAAUUUUCAAAAUAAAAUACCGCACACAGACUCCAGAUCAAAUGUCCUGGAGAACAUUCACUCUCGCACAAUAAAGAUCUGGUGUUACUUUAUAUACAAGAUGUUAUUUUACUGCGUCUGAAAUGUCCUCAAAUGUCAGACUUGCUCUGCUCUUGUUUAUUAAAAACCUGCGUUAAUCUUCCUCUAAACCUAAACUGUUUGUUCGAGUCCGUUUCCAUCUUCCUGAUGGAUAAAUCCCGGGACUUGCACUUUGCGUCCUGCAGGGUCCUGAUGCAGCCUUCUGCACCGGACCAGAAGUCGGUCAGUCAGAGAUUGUAAGUGGAGAAACACUGUUUUUUGUUUCCUUUUUAAGGACACAACAACACGCAGACGCGCCGUCUUAAAGCCGGUGGAAUUUCGGGGGUAAACUUUGCGCUGCUUGUUAGUUAGCCAGUGCAGCUAACCACGACACACCGAAGCUGGCGGUGGAUCGUUGACCCGGGGUAGCUGGUCUGUAGCACAGAGACAGUAAGGAGGUCUCACUCUGCCUCCGUUUCCCAGAACCAUAAACAUCCCUCACACAGUCUCACAGUUCCUGCAGCUGCUCCAGGAUCUUUUUAUGAAGUUGGUAUCGAUUUCAGUUCAGGAGCCGAUAUCGAAGUGAAGGUAUCUGUGUGGUCAUUCUUGUGCGAUACCCGGCCCUAGCUCCAGUUUUAACCCCCAUUGUGUAUACCAUACAUUACGUCUUUUAACAAUCCUUUUACAGUAGUAGCGUAGGCGUCACUUUUCCUCAAAUGCACAAUCCAGAACACUAUGCUAAUCACACAAUCACAAAGGGUCUGAGAACUCCCAUCACCACCAAGAAGCAGCGGACUUUUUGCACGCAUUAAACUUUUAUUUAUGUACACAUACAUGCUACUGCAUUGAAAACAAAGAGUGGUUGGAAACUCCUUGUUCGCCUGAAGGACUGGGACUAAAGCGCUGCGGCCUCCGUCGGUCCCCUCCCCCCCCCGCCCGCCGCCACCACUACAUACACAAUGUAGUGAAAGAUUUGAAUUCUCUUUAUCAAUAUGUUGAUAUUACUGCACAAAUUGGGGUGCCUCUUGUUUGAAUAUCUGUAAUAUUGUACUGUACAACAGUUGUCUGUCAAUAGUUGCAGUAACCUGGUUUAUAACCCUCUCGUAAGGACUUGAAAUGGUUAAUUUCAUGCAGCCUGAGGGUGUAGUGAGUCUGGGUGGGCCCUCGCUGAGCUCUCGGCUCCUCACUUGCGUCUGUCUUGCUUUUUAUGAAGCGUUCUUCACUUUUCUCUUGUCUGUUUUGCCUUAGAGCUUUCUAUUUUGGAAUAAACGAUGCCUAACUCUC